GUCCAACGCACGCACCACGCCCGCCAUCCCGAUCGCACCCCGUCGCAUACGUCAGCUGCUGUCAUGCUGCGCCGCCCCACGACCCACCUGCGCGACGAUCAUGGCAGCGAACCUCCGACGUCGCGUCAGACGAGCGACCGCAUCCCCUUCCGAGUCUGCAGUCGACCUCAUCGGCACCACUGGCACGACAGGCCCGGAAGAAUAGGGGGCGCGCGAUGCACUCUGGGCAUGUAUGGUAUAGAGGAAUACGGCGUGGUAUGCCGUACAGGCGGAGGGACUGCACUUCUUCGCGAUGUUGAAGACUUCGGAUCGUGCAGUGUCCCAAGAAUUCUGUGCAGGAACCGGUUGACGCGUCUCUGUUGUGGGCUGCUUAUCUUCACCUCGCGAUCGGACCUCCUCAAUCCCGCCCGUCACUUCGCCGCACAUGAAGCACGGCCGCCCGCCGUUCACGUGCGUGUGCUGCUGUCAGUCCCCGGGGAUCCGCUGGACGCGCAGGCAAUGUUCGCGCGAAACACAGGCGAUGGCAACACGCCUGCCCGGUCGCUGCAACUCAUCUACUCGCCUCGCACAAGCCCGUCGACCUUCGCAUAUACCCACCCGCAUCUCCUGCUGAUCCGUGCCGUCGAUGCUACCGUGGCACAGACGCCAUCCAGCGUGCAUUUGACCCAGGAGAGCACUUGUAGGAUUUCAGUAGGACGACGUGGAUGCCCUGCAAGCUAUUAUCACUCACGCGCCAAGUGUAUGGAUUAACCUCGCCUUAUCAAACCACAUCGCUUGUUCCCGCCUCAAGCAUGUCUAUGAGCUGCCCUGUUCCCGCGGCCGUCCACUGUACAAACGGUCGUCUUCACAGACGGUCGUCCGUGCCCGGGGUGUGGCUAAGCCACGUCGCGCGAGUGUCCGCAAGUCUACAGAAACACCCGUACACCCGCCGGUCAAAUCGGUACAUACUCAACGGCGCUGCUCCACGUCGUCCUCGAAGAAACGGUCAACACAGGCAAACGUCAAAUUGAUACGACCGAACAUACCGGUCACCCCUUGCAUGCACUUGCGUGCAUCGCGCAGCGGUCCUAGGAGCGAUCGUCGCGAACCACGGUGAUUGGAGAGCACGCAGCAAUCGUAACUGGCUUCAGUCCCAGGAGUGAUCUGGAUUGGCUACAG